AUGUCGAAGAAAACAACUGUCAACAUGCCCAAAUCAAUAAAACAGUACAACGUACUUGCAGAAGUAGGGCAUGGUGCAUAUGGAACAGUAUUUAGAGUAUUUAAUAAGCUGGAUCGCCGUGCCUAUGCAAUAAAAGUUUAUCCGAAAUCAAAUCUGCAAACGGAAAAGCAGGAGAGAGAAUUUCAGCGCGAAAUUGAUGCAAUGGCUUAUAUUAAGCACCCUGGACUCGUCGCUCUUCAUGACUUUUUUGAUGAUUCAGAUAAUUUUUACCUUGUCAUGGAUUACUGUCAUGGAGGAGAAUUAUUUGACUACGUUGUUUCUAAAAAGCGUCUUGAUGAGCCAACAGCUGCUUUAGUUUUUAAUCAAAUUGUUCAAGCUGUAGAGUUUUGCCAUUCUAAUGGCAUAGCUCACCGUGACUUAAAACCAGAAAAUAUACUUAUCGAUAAAUUCCCUAAAGUUAUGGUUGCAGAUUUUGGACUUUGCGGAUUUAUUGAAGAAUCAACGCUCAUGCAAACAUUUUGUGGAUCACCAAUAUAUUCUGCCCCAGAAAUCAUCCAAAGGAAAGCAUAUGAUGGCAGAUUAAGCGAUGUUUGGUCACUCGGUGUCAUUCUCUUCGGAAUUGUUACAGGAGAACACCCUUGGAGAACAGAAAAUACAUCGGCAAUGCUUAGCCAAAUUAUUCACGGCGAAUUUACAUUUCCAAGUUACUUAUCUGAUGAUUGCAAAGAUUUAAUCUCAAAAAUGCUUGUUCUAGAGCCAUCCCAGCGCUGGACUUUGAAGCAGGUACUAGGGCAUCCUUGGAUUCAAUACGAAAAGUUCUCUUCCGCAAGAAAUACAUUGGCAGGCAAAAAACUCUUAACUCGUGAUGUUCCAACUGCUUCCGGACUUCCUCUAUACAGGAUUAGUGAAAUAUCACACAACCAAGCAACAAUUAGAUUUGAUCAUAAUAUUAUUUCUCCGUUUGAAGAAGAAGACGGAGAAAAUCCAACUAAGAACUUGCCAAGGCUCUCUGUUAGAUCAAAUUCGCUUGCAAACUUGUUGAAUCCUGAAUCUUCAGAAAAUGGAAAUGAAUUGAACAAAUCCAGCAAUUACAGACUUAUUGUUGGCAACCAUUUGUCACUUGCAGGCAAUAGACAAAGAUCAUCUAAUGCUUUACUUCAACCAAUGUCAACAUUUGGAGAUUGA